UGAAAAACACUUGAAAACACCUUUGUGACUUAAUUAACACUUGAAAGUUUAAUUAUCACUUGAAAAAAACACUUCAAAUUUUUUAAUCAUUACCUGGAAAACCUUUCAAACUUAAUUAUCACUUAGAAAGGAAAAAAGAAACUUGGAAAAUUAAAUAAAACCACUUGAAAACACUAACAAUUAUAAAAAAAAAAGACCCAGAACUAAAAAAAAAUAAAUAACUACCUGGAAUUUAUCAGAAAAAAACUAAUUAUUUCACCUGGAACGACUUUUGCAACCACUUGAGCGCACCUGUCACCCACUUAGCACCACCACCACCACCACCACAAGCCACUGGAACCACCUAGUACCACCUGAAAUCCUGGAAUCUACACUUUCACCUGUACUGAAAUCUGGAAUAACCUGGAAUUGUGUAGCAGCAUUUAGAAGUGUCUGAGUUGAAACAUUUCUUCCAUACUCCAACUGUCACUAUCAAAAUACACUUAUAAACACUUAGAACACAUCAAAACACUCUCAAAACACACAAAACACCCCAAAACACACUCAAAUACCCUUAUAAACACUUAGAACACAUCAAAACACUCUCAAAACACACAAAACACCCCAAAAACACACUCAAAUACACUUAUAAACACUUAGAACACAUCAAAACACUCUCAAAACACACAAAACACCCCAAAACACACUCAAAACCACUCUAAACAUCCCAAAACACACUUAAACACAUAAAAAACAUACCAAAACACUUAAAUACACUUAAAACACACUUAAAACACACCAAAACACAUUCAAAACACACUUAAACACUCAAAAUACUCCCAAACACACUUAAAACACCUUCAAACACACCCAAACACACUCAAAACAUUCCCAAACACACUCAAACAUACCUAAACACACCCCAAAUUACCUGAAACACCUAAAAACAUCCCAAAUAUAUCUUCAUAAAACACUUGAACACACACAUGGCUACCCAUCACUAAAACUCAGCCACCCAUCUCUUAAACACAAGGAUAUCCCAUUUAAAACACCCAUUCCUACACCUCCAUUCCUGCCCAUUCCAGCUCCAGUCAGCUUUUCCCCUAUUCCUGUGCCUUCCAGUCAGUUCUGCCUUAUUCCAGCUCAAUUCCAGUCUCUUUUGCUGUAUUCCUGUUAAAUUCCAGUCAGUUUUGUUCCAUUUCCACCCAUUCCUGUUAGUUUUUCAUGUAUUCCCAAUCCAUUCCAGUCUUGCUUCCCUUUAUUUCCAGUCUGCUUAGCCCAAUUCCAGUCCCAUCUACCCCAAUUCCAGUACUCCCCAAUUUCUCCCCAUCUCAGCCCAUCACUGCUACACCCAACUUUAAAACACUGAUCCAAACACCCGUUUAACUGCCCUCCCCAACCCUCACACACCCCUCAACACACACACACACACACACACACACAAAGAUACCAAUAAACACACCUAAAAUAUUUAAAAACACACAAAAAACACUAGAUACACAUCUAAACACACCCAAGACAGCUUCAGGCACACUCAAAACACCCCAAAAUUUACCCAAAACACCGCAUAACAUACCCAGACACCCCCAGGACCCCCAAACACCCCACCAUGCCUCUCUCAAUCACCAGUCACCACCACCUCAGCCCCACCAUCAACAUGUACAGCAAGGAAGGCGCAGGGGACUCAGGCCCUGACAGACACCACACUGGGGACUACCUGGCACCCUUAGCUUCUGUAGAUCUGUCCCGUGUCAACACCCCUGGCGGAUCUCCCUCCCCAUGACCCGGCCAUCACCCCGCCCUUGAGGACCCCAAUUGGGAGCCCCCGGAGGACCAAGGGAUGUUGCUGAGGUCACACCUGAUUCCGGAAUCUUGACACCCCUUCAAGAUUCCGAGCCGUUUAACGAAGAGCCGCCUGACAGGUACUGCCUUGUGUUCCUGACCUUAGUUGUGCACGGAGUCUGAACACUGAUGCCUCGGAAUAUGUCAUCACUGCCAAGAACUUGCCAUUGGGAUCUUCCAGAACACAGUGUAUGGGACAGCUGCCCAUCUCCCAUUUAGCUACACGGUGGCGGUGGUGCUGGACUCGACACACUUCAGUCACAAGAUGAAUGCAGUCAGCUACAGCAUGACAUAGACAAGCUAUAGACAGUUGAGAGAGGAAGAAGUCAGUGGCACCCGCACCUCAGACAAGACAAAGCUAACAAUUGAUAAUGAAAGAGUGAUGGGUGAUGUUGGUGAGUUGGGCAAGGAGGUGGAGGAGGAGGAGGAGGAGGAGGAACUCUUGAGAGAGGAGAAAGAGAGAAAUUUCUCACGGGUGGAAGAGUUCAACAUCAAUACGUGGAAGUUCCGAGAAGUGAACCCAGCGAUAACGAGGAGCCUGGAGGAUGAACUGGAUCUGUCUAACUGGGAGCCUGUUGCUGAGACUCUUGGCCUCACCAACUCACAAAUAGAGCGGUGCCUGAGAAGCGAUGCCUUCACCCACGCAGUUUUCACCACGAUGGAGGAGUGCCCACACUUCCAGGACCUUACUGUUAAGAGGUUCCUGAAGACCCUACUUGAGCACAACCGCCGAGACAUUCUCUCCAAGCCGGAGAAGUUUGUGCGCCUGAAGCCAGGGAGUGAUGCUGCUAAGACCUUCACUGUCUAUCCAGAGGGAUCCGCAGGUGCUGGUGGUGGAAUCUUGCUUGGACAGUGUGCCUGUAACACACAGGCACAUUUCUCCAAAAGGUUGACGCUGUGCUGCCGGUACUGGUCGCCUCAGCUUCUGCGUCAGAUUCAGAACAGAGACUUCAGCAGAGAGAUUCAGAACAGAGACUUCAGCAGAGAGAGUGAGUGGGAGAAACGCUACAACUGCUUUGCCCACUCGAUGAUGCUAGACCAGCAUGUGCAGUACGGGAGCAAGAAUGGGUUCUGCCGUGCCGUUUGUCCUGCCAGAUUCCCGGAGGAGACCAGCAGCAGCAGCAGCAGCAGCAGCAGCAGCACACACAAGAGGUGUUUUCUGUAUGAUGAUGAUGAUGGAAAAAGCACAUCUCGAAAGGAUGUUAUAAGCAGGGCAACGUAAUGAACUUCAGUGAAUGGACGUGUGUGCGUGGCUGCAAUCACUAUGAAAUUAAGUUGAAAAUAAGAAAUAUAUUACUUUACAGAAAGGAAUGCUUAGAGUGAAUGAAAUUACUGUAAUGAAUGAAUGGAAAUAAAGUUGUGAGUCAUUAAAUGAUUAGGAAAAGAAGCUGUGAAUAGGUGCAUUAUUGUUAUUACUGAAAGGAAGAAUAUUUGUAGGAUAUGUCAUGUAUAUUAUCAAAGUGUUUUCAUUCUUACUUUCUUCUUUCUCUUUCAUCUUUUCUUAGUAUAUUUAAGUGAAUUUCUCUCUCUCUCUCUCUCUCUCUCUCUCUCUCUCUCUCUCUCUCUCUCUCUCUCUCUCUCCUCUCUCUCUCUCUCUCUCUCUCUCCAGCCAUCUCUUCUCUCUCCUUCCAUCUUUUUCUUAGUAUAUUUAAGUGAAUUUCUCAGAUCUCUCUCUCUCUCUCUCUCUCUCUCUCUCUCUCUCUCCUCUCUCUCUCUCUCUCUCUCUCUCUCUCUCUCUCUCUCUCUCUCUCUCUCUCUCUCUCUCUCUCUCUCUCUCUCUCUCUUUCUUUCUUUCUUUCUUUUUCUUUCUUUCUUUUUCUUUCUUUCUCUUUCUUCCUCUUUCUUCCUCUCUCUCUCUCUCUCUCUCUCUCUCUCUCUCUCUCUCUCUCUCUCUCU